UCAACACACUCAUGGGAACGGCGAAAUGGAGCAGGAUGGGGUGGGAUGGAGGAGCAGAGGAUUCUGCAAGAGGGGCAGGAGUAAACUAAAGUGGGGAGUGGUGUGAGAGUGUGUAGAGUGAUGGAGGAGGGAGGGAGUGCACACAGGGGGUCUGUGUGUUCAGGUUAAUGGAGGGGCAUGAGCACUCAGAUGGGGAUGAAGGGAAUGUGAUGGCACAUGGAGUGGAAGGGAAGCACUCCUGGGGCAUGUGGGGAGGGGCAGUGUGGGCACUGGUGAAGUCAGGGGGGCUGAGCCAUCCCUGGGAUGUUAAAACAGUGUGAACUGAUGGGCACAGAGGGGUGGGGACACCUGAGCACUUGGUGGGAUGGUGGUUGGAGUCUGGCUGUGCACAAGUGGUCUCUGAAGGGCUGUGGAACCCAAACAGAGAGUUCUGAGGGGCUGGAGCAGGGUCUGAGGGCUGGAGGGAAUGGAGUGUAAGCGUGAGGGUGGACUGUGGUUAAAGGGCUGAGGGUGGGACCCACCUGCAGCUGUCCGCAGGCAGCCCUGGUGCAUUCCUGGUGCCCAGCACUGAACCCUCACAGCAAUGCUCAGAGCCAUGCCAGGAAAAUCCCAGGGAACUGCAGGAGCCUCCGGCUGCCCCUGGCAACAGUGUUGUGUGCUGCUGCCAUCUCCCAGCUCCUCCACAGGCCCCGGGGCGAGGAGGAGCCACCGGCCAAGAUGGACUCGGACCUGGAGGAGCAGGACCUGGAGGAGCAUUUGUGCGCGGCUUUCCAGGACAAGCUACGGCUGCUGCUCCAUGCUGAGCUCCGUGCAGCCCAUGGCAAGAUGGUGCCAGCGCGGGAUGCAGCCACUCUGAUGCCCUCCACUCGCGUGCUGCUGAAGAGGCGGGAGGUGGCAGAGGUGGAGCAGGAGCUGCAGAGCCAGCGGGAGGAGUUUCGGCAGAGGAUGGAGCACCUGGCGCAGCGCCGGGAGCAGCUGGCCCAGAGGGAAGAGGAGCUGCGGGAUGUCGCCCUCAAAUUCGACGCCUUCCUGAAGGCUGUGGCGGCGAGGCGGGAGAAGAGGGCAGGUGAGGAGCGGGCGUGGGCGGUGGCCCAGGGGGCCGAGGCCGCCCGCCUGCACCGGGAGCUCGAGGGGCUCCUGCAGCACAGGGAGCGCCUGGCCCGGCGCCUGCGGAGCCUCCGCCGCUUCGGGGACUACCUGCGGGACGCGCUGGCCAGCAUGGGGCAGUUCCAGGAUGUGCCAGACAUGCUGGCGCAUUUUGGGGUGCUGGCGGAGGCACGGGCAGCCCUGGCACAGGAGGCAGAAGCUGGGCAGGAACGGCUGGCCCAGGGCAGGGCACAGCUCCAGCGGUACCAGGAGGAGAUGAGCACUGAGCUCCUGAGCACCAACAAUGAGCUGGCCCAGCUCCGCACACGCCUGGAGGCCGCCCGCCAAGACGUGCUCCAGUGGGAGUCCUGCUGGGCCCGUGUCCAGAGCACAGCCACUCAGAAGACCCUGCUGCUGGGGCAGAUCAAGCUGGCCGUGCUGAACCUCUUCCAGCUCUCCACUGCAUGGCUCAGGAUCCCCAUGGAUGUGGCCCUGGAGGACACCGAGGCCCAGUUGGACAUGUUGCUGCUCUGCCUGCGGGACCUGACUGACAUCUGUGCCAUCAGCAGGCACCCAGUGCGCCACAGGGGUGCCAGGCUGUCUUGGAGCCAGGAAUAGCCCCUGGGAACACCUGGCUGCUCCCAGGGCUAGGGAGAGGCUGCCAGGGCCAGUGUGGAGACACAGGACCCCUGGGGAUGGAGGUUACUCUCUGACAAGUCUGGGAACUCCACGACGAGAGGCAACGUGGACGGCUGUGGCACAGGCACACUGGAGUGGCACUGCUCUGGGGCAGGAACAGGGAGCUGCUGUUGGUAUCUCCAAAGGUGUCUCCCAUCAAAAUACAUCCCAGCUGUGGAGAUGCAGGACUCACUUGUU